AUGUUUCCACAGUUCUUACUCUUGAUAUGUGUUCUACCAGUGCAGACCCUAGCAUUCCCAAGUCAGCACACAGUCAACGAAAAAUCCUCACCACAUCUCCGUGCUAGCAGGUACUCGCGCAGCGGGAACUAUCAUAUCCCUAGCGUUGUACAGAACGGAACUAGCAAGGCUCGAUUCGACAUCCAAACACCAAAAACAACACUCGACACAGAGACCCUCUUCAGUCUAGACGCACCGCAAAUAGACCCAAUCAACAGCUCCGUCUUCGAAUGGUGGUAUUUCGACGUCGUCUCAGAGACAAACCCAGAUGAUUCCCUCGUCGUCACAUUCUUCACCUCAUCCAUGGAAGCAUUUCCAUUCCUCGAUCCAAAUGAAACAUCCAUCUUAAGCGUCUGGUUAUGGGCUUCGUUCGCCAACGGAACCGUUUUCGAAGAUUCCGUCCCGGCAACAGUGGCAACCGUGACUGGCGCAGACGGCCGAACAAAUAGCUCGGGUAACUGGUCGCCCACAGGGUUUACCUGGAAUGCUCUCACAGCUAAUUUAUCUCAAUAUGAGAUUAUCAUUGCGUCUGAGAAACUCCAGGUCGAAGGACGGUUGACCUUGACUUCGCGAGCACCGCCUAAUCUACCCUGUGGAAUCCAACCGGGACGGACUGAACUCGAAAUCGCACCUCAUAUUGGAUGGGUUAAUCUCGUACCCGACGCUGUGGCUGAGGUGGAUAUGGAGAUCCAUGGGUCGACGUUGAAGUUCCGAGGGUCUGGAUAUCAUGAUAAAAAUUGGUCCGAUCGACCCUUUAUAGACUCUGUUCAGAGCUGGUACUGGGGUCAUGGCCGUGUGGGUCCGUACUCGAUUGUAUGGUUCAGUUACCUCGCGAUUAAUGAUACAACCAAUACCACGUAUGUGAGUAGCUAUGUUGCUAAAGAUGGAGAGAUACUCGUGUCGGCUUGCGACCCCUCUAUUCUCACUGUGAGGCCGAUUGGUAAGCCUGGGACUACUGGUGGGCGAUAUCCGCCAUAUGCGCGUGACAUACCGGACGGGUUUAGGUUGGAAUAUGAUUUGGGAGAGGCGGGUCAGCUGAAAGUUAAUGUCUCGGUUAGAACGGUGGUUGCGGGGGAUGAGGAAUAUUAUAUGCGAUGGACAGGUGACAUGGUUGGGGAGGUUGAGUCUGAGAGAGGGGGUGGCGGUCCGAAGAAGGAAAUGGGAGAACGUGACGCACACUCAUCUUCACCUCUUGUUGGUGUUGCAGUUUUGGAGCAAUUUGUUUUAUUGGAAUAG